GAGGAUGCUGCGUGUGAGGGGCGGGGCGCCCGGAAGGUCUUCGGGGCUGCGUGGCACUUGGCCCAGGCCCUCGCAGUGCUGUGGUCAGUGACUCGGAGGACGGGCAGCCCUGCGUGUGCGGUGCGCGGGGCGGAGGCGGGAGCCGCCAGCGAGCACGGGCACGGGCCUCACGGCCAGGCUGGAUCCAACAGGCAGGCUGGACCCGAGGAGCGGAGGCCUUGACCUCCGACCCCAAGCCCAGACGGGCAGCCGGUCAGAGCAGAUGGGGUCAGAGGUGUGGAGGAGGCUGACCACAGAACACAUCACGAGAGGCUCUCCGCGCAGUGGGGUCUAGAAGAUGAGGAGGAGGUCACCCCGGAACGACAAGAGCAGGAGAGGGACAGGCAGCUGGGGACCCAGGACCAGGAUGGAGGUGGCCCGUGCCCAGAGCCUCUGGAGCAAGAGAAGCUGCUCCGGUCCUGCCUCUGUGGCACAGCGUCCGGCCAGCCCGAGCCCCUUCCUGUCCUGCCGCUUCAGCUUGAAGGCCUCGGAGAGCCCCGAACUGGACGAGGAUGAGGGUUUCAGCGACUGGUCCCAGAAGGCGGAGCGGCGGCAGCAGGAGCCCCCUUGGGGAGCGAGCCCAGAGGGGGACCCCGAGGAGGACAGGCCCUGCGGGAACCAGGACGGGGCCGAGCUGAGCCCAGACACAGUCUGCCUGGAAAAGCUGCAACUGCACUCGGGCCCGGAGCCCCAGGGGGAGCCAGGCCCAGGGGAGGCCUCUGGGGACAGCCGGGCGCUGGCUGGGGCAGAGCCAGCCCAGGAGCAGCAUGAGAGAUGCCAGCCACCCAGGACGCCCAGCCCCUUGGCCUUGGAGACCACCGGACAGGGCUCCCCUCCCCUGAGCCCCAGCGCCAACGUCGUCGCCAGGACCGAGAGCCUGUUCCGCUCCGUGGACAGGAGUAACAGCGUGAAGAAGUCCCAGCCAGCCCUGCCCGUCUCCAAGAUCGGUGAGCGGCUAGAGCAGUACACCCAGGCCGUCGAGACUGCUGGCCGGACCCCCAAGCUCACUCGCCAGCCCUCCAUCGAGCUGCCCAGCAUGGCCGUGGCGAGCACCAAGACCCUCUGGGAGAUGGGGGAGGUGCAGGCGCAGUCCGCUGCCAAGGGCCCCUCCUGCAAGGAUAUCGUGGCAGGAGACAUGAGCAAGAAGAGGCUCUGGGAGCAGAAGGGAGGCUCCAAGACGUCGUCGACAAUUAAGAGCACCCCGUCUGGGAAGAGGUACAAGUUUGUGGCCACCGGACACGGGAAGUACGAGAAGGUGCUCAUGGAUGAGGGCUCGGCGCCCUAGGCUGCCCCACUGCUGUCCCGAGGCCCCGGCCGCUGGUGCAGGCCAGUGGACCUGCCACACGCCCAGCCCAGGCUCCCAGGGGACAGCCUUGCCGAAGACGCUGCUUCCCAUCAGCCCCUCCAACACCCGCCACCGCUGCCGCCUCUGUCCCUGGACCCUCCGACCUCUCUCCCCUCUCAUUCCCUGACCCCUGGCUCUGCUCGUCACAGCCCGGGAAGGACGGGGCCCCUCACUGAUGCUUCGCUGGAGAGACGGUGCCCACCGGGGCCCAGAGCUCGCGAGGAAGGAGCAGCCUGUGCAGUGAGCGCGCCGCCGGGGGCGUCCCAGUCGAGAGCCGCCGUGCCUCCCACCCCCGCCUACAGCCGUCUGCAUUUCGUGCAAUAAAGCUCUUUGUGUCCCCA